AUGCCCCUUGUCCGCAACCCGAUCCUGCCCGGCUUUCAUGCGGACCCGUCGGUGGUCCGGGUCGGGGCCGACUACUACAUCGCGACAUCGACGUUUGAGUGGUUCCCGGGCGUGCAGAUCCACCACUCGACGGACCUGGCCAACUGGACGCUGGUGGCACGACCUCUGCAGCGGGCAUCGCAGCUGGACCUGCGCGGUCGUCCCGACAGCGGCGGCGUGUGGGCGCCGGACCUCUCGCACGACGGCACGUCUUUCUGGCUCGUCUUCUCGGACAUGCGGCGCCGUGCCGGCAGCUUCAAAGACGUGCACAACUACGUGGUGCGGGCACCGACGAUCGCAGGCCCCUGGACCGACCCAGUGCAUGUGGGCUCGUCUGGCUUCGACCCGUCCGUCUUCCACGACCCCGUCGACGGUCGGACCUGGCUGGCCAACAUGCUGUGGGACCACCGACGCCGACACCACGGCACAGCCUUUGGCGGCAUCGCGCUGCAGCAGCUGGAGCUGGACCCCGACGGCAACCACUGCCGGCUCGUGGGACCCCGGCGGACCAUCUUCCGUGGCUCGCCCCUGCGUCUGACCGAGGCGCCGCAUCUCUACCGCCGCGGCGAGUUCUACUAUCUGCUCACGGCCGAGGGCGGCACCGGCUACCACCAUGCCGUCACCGUGGCACGAGCCCGCGACCUCGCCGGCCCUUAUGAGCUGCACCCGCUGCGUCACCUGCUCACGAGCAAGGACCAUCCGCGCGCAGCACUGCAGCGAGCUGGUCACGGCGACCUCGUCGACACGCCCGACGGUAGCCGCUCCUUUCUCGUCCACCUGGCCGCCCGGCCGACGACACAGGAGCGUCGCUGCGUGCUCGGUCGCGAGACCGCCAUCCAGUCCGUCCGAUGGGCCGACGACGGCUGGCCCUACGUUGACAGUGGCCCCGUGCCGUCGCUGCUGGUCGACCUGCCCGGCCACCGCGAUGAUAACCCGGCCACGUCGCCGUACUGGGCCGAGCGACGCUACACGUUUGGCGACGAGACCGAAGCGACGACCAAUGGCCCCGCGGCCCGGCUGCUGCACCCCGACUUCCAGUGGCUGCGCACGCCCGAGCCUGAGCGCAUCUUUGCCGUCCAACAGGACCGGCUCACCCUCUUCGGCCGCGAGUCCGUUGGCUCCUGGUUCGAACAGGCCCUCGUGGCGUGCCGCCAGGAACACUUCUCGUUUGAUGCCGAGACGGCCGUCGAGGUCGCACCCACGGAUGAGCGCCAGUUCGCUGGCCUGAUCGUCUACUACAACUCGUACAGCUUUUUUUACUUGGCCGUCACGGCCGACGGCGACGACACCUCAGACGGCCAGCGCGAGCUGCAGAUCCUCACGUCCGAGGCCUCGUGGCCCACAGGCGAUCUGCGUCUUCCCCUGGCCGCUCCCGUGCUGCUGCCACCAGAGUCCCCCGCAAGGUCCGACUUGCCGUCACUGUGCGCGGCCGCGUCCUGCAGUUUUGAGGUCGGUCCCGUCUAUGAUGCCUCCCUGCUGUCGGACGAAUGCGGCGGCGCCAACGAGCACGGCAGCUUCACCGGCGCGUUUGUCGGCAUGGCCGCAUCGGACAUCAACGGCACCGCCAUGCCGGCGCACUUUGACUACUUUGUCUACCGGCCGGCGCACGACCGGACCGAUCGGUACGAUGAUGAUCAGGCCCAGUAG